CGUUGUCCAACCGAGGAACAUUCACUUACAUUUUACUUUUUCAUCCAUCCCGACAUUCCGGGAAUCGAAAUCAAUAAAGCUAUUUGUUGACCGUGUGCGGUAAAAAGACAUAAGUUGGACGAAAUUUUCAAAAGAAAAGAAAAACAAACAUGGCUGACUUUAACGCAAAACAACAAAAUCAGAAUGACAGUAAGUUGGAAAUGGGUAGUGGUUGCCUCGGUCCGAAUUCCAAGUAUGUGAAAUUGAUCUCUAGCGAUGGAAGAAUGUUCAUAGUGAAACGUGAGCACGCCUUGAUGUCUGGUACUAUCAAGGCCAUGUUAGAAGGUCCUGGAAAAUACACUGAGACCGAUUGCAACGAAAUAAAUUUAAAGAAUAUUCCCUCACACAUCCUGUACCAUAUCUGCUUGUAUUUUACCUACAAAUAUUAUUACGACUUCUGUACAGACUCUAGUUCAAUUGAUAUACCACCGUUCGAUAUACACCCAAAUAUAGCUGUGCCUUUAAUGAUGGCAGCAAACUUUUUGGAUUGCUAAUACUCCACGGAAAUAAAAAAUGCUCCAUUAAUUUUAUUCACCUUGCAACAAACUUUCAGUACACGGGAGGAGAAAAACAAGAAAAUAUCAGUAUUGUUUAUCAUAUACUCAGAGUUGCAUCAAGGUUAUUCAGGGGGAAGAAAAAAUAUUUGGUAAAUUAAAGGAACCAAGAUCAAUUUUCAAAAAUUUAUUUUUAUCUGAAGUAAGAAGACUUUCUACAGCCUGAAUUGAACAUCAAUUUUUUUUAUUUUAUUUUAAAUAAUUGUAUAAAAUAAUUUUUUAAAAAGCUGCCUUUUCAUAAAGACACAUUACAAAGCUUGAGAUUAAAAUACUGAAAAACAGAGUUUAAUACGAGUUAUAAAAUAUUGUUUAUUUUUAUUAAUUAAAACAAUAAAAUUCUACAGCACAGAAUCAUUAUUCCCGUGUAGUGUAUUUUUGAAGACAAGAUGACAUUA